AUGGACACUAAAAUGGAGGACGUUGGAAAAACCCCAGAGCCUAUGAGGUUUCAAACGACGACAGAACCAGCAUCAAUACCAACCCUUGAUGGGUGGAUUGAGAACCUGAUGGCAUGCAAACAACUUCCCGAAGUCGAUGUACUCAGGCUAUGUGAGAAGGCACGGGAAGUAUUACACAGCGAGUCAAAUGUUCAGCCUGUAAAAUGUCCUGUCACUGUAUGUGGUGAUAUUCAUGGGCAGUUUCAUGACUUGAUGGAGCUAUUUAGGAUAGGUGGCCCAAAUCCUGAUACAAAUUACUUGUUCAUGGGGGACUAUGUCGACCGAGGCUACUAUUCCGUAGAGACUGUCACACUUCUCGUGGCCCUUAAAAUAAGGUAUCCUCAACGAAUUACUAUACUUCGCGGAAAUCAUGAAUCUCGCCAGAUUACGCAGGUCUAUGGUUUUUAUGACGAAUGUCUACGGAAAUAUGGGAACGCAAACGUGUGGAAAUACUUCACAAACCUAUUCGAUUUCCUGCCUCUGACUGCUCUUAUUGAAAAUCAAAUAUUUUGCCUUCAUGGUGGACUCUCCCCUAGUAUUGAUACUCUGGACAAUAUCAAAGCUCUCGAUCGAAUUCAAGAAGUCCCUCACGAGGGGCCCAUGUGCGACUUGUUAUGGUCUGAUCCUGACGAUAGGUGCGGGUGGGGAAUCUCUCCCAGAGGCGCUGGUUAUACUUUUGGGCAGGAUAUUUCAGAAGCGUUUAAUCAUAACAAUGGUCUAACUCUCGUUGCGAGAGCUCAUCAACUGGUUAUGGAAGGUUAUAAUUGGUCUCAAGAUCGCAACGUCGUUACAAUAUUUUCUGCUCCCAACUACUGUUAUAGGUGUGGUAACCAAGCUGCAAUCAUGGAGAUAGAUGAACAUCUUAAGUAUACAUUUCUCCAAUUUGACCCUUGUCCCAGAGCUGGCGAGCCGAUGGUAACUCGACGGACACCGGACUAUUUUCUUUAG